AUGUCGCAGGCAAGUCCAUCUAAAAGGCCGCGAACCGUGUCAGAAUCUCCGAAAGACGGUACGACUCAAGAUGGCACGCCGAACGAAGCUCCAUCGCGGGGUCUGGCUCAUGAGCCACUUGAUUAUCCUCGAAAGAGAGCCAUGAUUGCUUGCGAGAUCUGCCGAAGUCGCAAGUCAAGAUGCGAUGGCGGAAAACCGAGAUGCAAAUUGUGUGUUGAACUCGGCGCGCGAUGUGUUUAUCGGGAACCUGGCAUCAAACUUGAUGCAGGCGACAAACUCAUCUUGGAAAGAUUGUCUCAUCUUGAGGAAAUGUUACAAUCUGCCAUGAAUAGCGCACAAAUGAGCGUCAAUGCUACCAAGGCAGCAGCUCAUAUAGGCACAUCCCCUGCCGCAAGCACUAGCACUACAGAUGAUACUGCUGCAAGACGUAUCAGCUGUAGCAUUGCUCUGGAAAACAAUCGAUUGAACGGACUGGGAACCUGGGACAGUAGUGUCAACAUCUCGACUAUGCCCAAAGGACAUACCACACCUGCCUUAAACCUCUUACAAUGGCCACUCAUCCGCGAUCUAGUUUCGCAACCUUUGGAUCCGCAGGUUCUAGUCGAAAUGGAGAUGUCCCGACCUCCUAUCAACCUCCCACACUUCCCUCGGCCGGACAUGGCGAAUACAGCAGUCUAUGCAUCCUCAUAUUUUGAUCUGGUAAAUGUCUGGUAUGCAUGUGUCAAUCCAAAUGCGUGGUCUGCCCAUUAUCGUGACGCUACCUCAGUUGGCUUUAUCCAAGGAGCAGACAGCUGUCUGGUAAUGUUGGUUCUUGCGUUAGGCGCGGCAGCUCAUGGUGGAAGCAUCUCAAGACAUCCACAUAACGUGGAACCUCGUGGCAUUGAUUACUUCGCUUCGGCCUGGAAGAUCAUACCAAAUCUGGCGAUACGGAACGACAUACCAGCCAUUCAAUGCCACAUACUAGCCGCAGCAUACCUGUUUUACCUUGUCCGACCACUCGAGGCAUGGAACAUGAUCACUAUUGCUUCCACAAAAUUACAGCUGGUGCUUGGUGUGCCGGACAGGGUACCUGCUAUGCACAGAGAGCUUCUUGUGAGGCUGUUCUGGGACACUCUCUUGGCCGAGUCAGACUUGCUUGCAGAAUUGGAGCUACCACACUCUGGCAUUGUCAACUUCGAAGACAUAGUGGGCCUACCUGGUCCUUUCUCCGACGUAGAAGGUGAAUACACUAGCAAGGAUGAGUUGUGGUAUUUCCUUGCAGAGAUUGCGCUACGCAGACUUCUCAAUAGAGUUAGUCAUCUACUCUAUGUCAAGACGCCAACGACUGCUCCGACCUCGAAGCUGGCGCGAGUCACUGCAGAAUUGGACUUCCAGCUGUCACAGUGGUUUGAGGGUCUUCCAUCACCAAUCAAGUUUCCAAUGACGACAAUCAGUUCGGGUUCGCCUGGUCAAGUUUGCCUGAGAUUACGAUAUUUUGCAUGUCGGACCAUCAUCUUCCGACCUUACGUCUUUGCCGUGCUCUCGGACGAGAAUGCGGUUGCGGAUCCGGUGGUGAAAGAAAACUGUCGAAAGUGUCUUGAAGCAUGUUUGAGGCAGAUCGAUCAUGUUUCUGCACAUCAAGUCGGACAUCUUCCAUAUCUUUGGCAGGGUGCUCUGAGUCUCGUCUCACAGACGUUGUUGGUCAUGGGUGCCACCAUGUCACCCAAACUUGCUGCUCUCCUUCCUCCUACGAUAUCUGUGGAAGCGAUCAUCUCCGAUGUGGUUGCAGAGUUAAACAGAUUGGCUCAUCUUGCGCCAAGCUUGAGGUUGAGUGCUGAGAUUGUGCAAGAAGCUGGAGCGAGACGGAAGAUGUUCUUUGAUAAUCAAAGAUCGCAAACCUGA